GCUUUCUGGAAGUGUUUCUGUGGUUUCUGGAAGCUUGUUGACUUCCUCAGUGGUGACUCUUUCACCUGCAGGAAUGACAAAGAGCGAUGCUGCUCUAGCCAGGCCAUUCCAGCAUUCUCUUGAGGUGGAUCUAGAGGGCUGUUGCAAGUCCCUGAGGAUGGCCUAUGUGGGACAUCGUAUGUAGUCGUGGUUUUGCAAGGAGGCUGUGUUGCUAUGAAAGGCUUGUUUGUGUGUGCCCCUGCUGUAGAUGGAAGGAGUUGGCUGCAUUUGGGAGAAACCGCCCCUCCUCACUGGAGAGGGCGUUUGAAGUGGCAGCAGAGCCAGAGGAGGAAUCACAGCUGCAGAGAGAUCUGCGGAAAGAAGAGGUUCCUCAGGCAGUGCCAAAGUUCCAGGUUUGCCGCCCUCAGCGGCCAGCUCACAGGCAUCUGGAAAAGCUGCUCCAGGAGUUCUCUCGCCAAGGGCACAUCCUGUCCCAGGUGUGCAGCGAGAAGGCAGCGCUGGCACAGGAGAACGCUGCCCUGCAAGAACGACUGGCAGCCACGGAGCGGGAGCUACGAGGCCUUUCGGAGCAGCUGGGAGAGGCCAGGUCAGAGAAGCAGAGCUUGGAAUGCAGCCUGUUGGAGGCUCAGCAGCAGGUAUUGGAGCUGGAGAUCACCAGGAGCCACCUGGAAGGCCAAGUUCGCACAGCCAUGCAGGCCAAGGAGGUGAUACUUGAGGAUGUGAGGGGCCUUCGUCGGGAGCUGCAAGCUCUAAGAUCUCUCAGCCAGCAGCAACUGGAAGAAAUGGCUCAGCAGCUCCGCUGUGCCGAAGAGCAGUUCAGCCAGGGUCUGAGACAAUGGCAAUCUGCUCAGGAAGAGGAAAAGAGGAAGCUCCUGCAAGAACAGGAAAGGCAGCUGGAACAACAGCGUUUGGAGGCUUGGGAGCAGCUGGAGCAAAGGGAGAACCUGGUGGCUGAGCUGCAGCACCAGGAGGCUACUCUCUUGCAGAGGGUGCACCAGCUGCAGCGAAAGCUUAAUCAUAGGCAGCGGGAGGUAGAGCUGCUGAGGCAGGAGCUGGAGGAACAGCAGGAAGAUUGGCAGGACGAGCUGCAGGCAGUGGUGCAGGAAGCUCAGUGGAAGAUGAAGGCAAUGCAGGAAAGGCACAAGGAGGAAAAGGAAAGGAUGCAGCAGAUGCUGCAGUACAGGCUGGCAGAGCAAGAGCAGAUGGACGUGGGCGCUGCAGCAGCAUCUUCCAAAGGAGCCUUCCCUCCGCAGCCUGAAAACCUGAGCAGGAGCAGUUCGUCCCGCCCAAGGCAGGAGUCAGAGCAGCGGAAAGAGAAGCACUGCCUGAAGCUGCUGAGUACGUCCUGUACAUCCUUUGUCCGAACAAGCUGUGUAUUAUAGUGUGUGUGCCUGCUGUACUACAGCAUAUUCCUCCUCAUUCUGGUGUGGGACAGACAUUCUGGAUUCCCUACAGAAGUCCUUGUGGUACUCAGAGGCAGCCAGGGAG